AUGUCGAAGUAUUUGAAGUGGGCAGAGCUACCAGCGAGAGAAGACAUCUAUCAAGAUCGAGGGACAACAGAAUGGGGUAAUCACGACUUAUACCCAAUUGUACCAAAAGAGCGGACAUAUGGACGAGGUGCCUUCCUGCUAUAUUGGUUGACUUGUGGUGGCGGUCUGUCUACCUUUGCCAUUGGAAGCUCUUACAUUGCCGUUGGCCUGAGUGCAGGUCAAGCUAUUGGAGCUGUCUUGAUUGGAGCAUGCCUAUCAAGCAUGAAUGCACUGCUGUGCGGACGUGCUGGGGCCGAGAAAAAUUUGGGCUAUACAAUGAUGGCACGAGUCUCUUUUGGACUACGUGGAAUGUGGCUCCCUCUUUUCUUCCAAAUCAUGGGCAAUAUGGUUUUCUUUGGUCUUCAGGCUGUGUACGGAGGACAAGCAAUCGGACUCAUGAUCAGCGCCAUAAUCCCAGGUUUCAAAGAUCUCAAAAACACACUUCCCGCAAGUUCGGGAACAACCACGCAUGAUAUCAUUGGGUUCUUUCUCUAUAUCAUCACUUAUCUACCGAUAGUGAUAUUUAUCCAACCACACCGUCUCGAGAAAUUCAUGUGGCCAGCGCUAGUAGGAACCAUUGCGUGUGUUUUCGGUAUCAUGGCAUGGGCAGUACACACAAACGGCGGCUCAGCAGGCGAUCUUGUAUCCCCAGCUAUUCCACUCUCUACCGCCAAUCGAGCUUUCAGAUUUGUCCAAUGUAUCUCUAGUAUCUGCGGCACUUAUGGCGGAGCAGCCGACCGAUUUUCCGACUGGACUCGAUUCUCGAAGAACAAGAACUCCUACAUUGUUGGCUCUGCGACUGCUAUGCCAGUUGUCAUCACUUUAUGUGCUCUCUUGGGUACAUUGACUGCCAGUGCGACAAAAGCACAUUACGGAAAGGCUAUGUGGCAACCGCUCACUAUUCUGUCUUUCAUUCAGACUGAACAUUACACUGCUGGUGCUCGAGCUGCGACCUUCUUUGCUGGCUUGGCAAUUUAUGCUCAUCAAAUCUUCGUCAACGUUACGCAAAAUAACGUUGGUGCUGGAAUGGAUCUUGCUGGGAUCUUUCCUCGAUAUGUCUCAAUGAAGAGAGGUGCUCUGUUCUUGCUCGUCAUUGGUGUGCUAUGUCAACCAUGGAGAUACUUGACGCAAGCGACUAUUUUCUUAUCUGUCGUGUCGAGUUUUGCUGUUUUCGCAUCUGUGACGACCAUAAUUCUGAUUCUUGACUACUGGUUCAUCCGCAAGCAGAUGUGGAAGGUUCCUGAUCUUUUCAAAGGUGGACCAGAAUAUAUAUACUGGUACUACCACGGCGUCAACCUCAGAUCCUGCUGCGUCUUUGUAAUUACAGUCAUUCCAUCAUUCCCCGGACUCGUAAUGUCUCUCAUGGGCCACACAACAGGCGCAGCUGUCAAAAUAUACCAAAUCACCUACAUCUUCGGAUUCGUCCUAGGCGGUAUCCUCUACUUCACUGUCAAUAAGAUCUGGCCUCCACCAGGCGUUGGUAUUGCGGAGCCUUUUGAUGAAGCUGCAAUUGUGGGCGUUGCGCCAAGCUUUGAUGGAAGUGAUGAUAUUGGGCUGGGACACAAGGACGCCAUGAACGUCGAUGACAAGGAGAUUGCACAGAAUCAAAGAGAUUCAAGAGUGUGA